AGUGACCUUUCAUGUCCUUAAAACCUCAGUUUCUGUUGAAGUGUGAACGUAUAAGUUUGAGAAUUUCAGUGUCUGCUCUGUUCGUUGACUUGCUUCUCAUUAAAUUUGAUUUUAAUUUCAAGAAUUUUGACAAGCCUGCCAAAAUGGUAUGGGUUACCGUCUAUGAUAAGAUGGUUUCCGGAAAAACGAUCUCUCAAGCAUUAUAUGCUCAAACGCAAUUAGAUCAUGUGUGUGCCCUUGAUAUCGAUGCUCCUGUAGGGGCUGUCCGUCUUUCAGGAAUUAUUUGUACAAUUGGACCAUCUUCGAGAUCAAUUGCUAUGCUCGAAAAAAUGAUCGAUACGGGUAUGAACAUUGCUAGAUUAAAUUUCUCGCAUGGAACUCACGAAUAUCAUGCUGAGACUAUUGCCAAUGUGCGACAAGCACAGAAAAAUGUUUCCACCAAAGCUGGUCUAAGCAUUCCUGUAGGAAUUGCUCUUGAUACUAAAGGUCCUGAAAUCCGUACUGGACUUUUGGAAGGUGGUGGAGCUGCUGAAGUCGAAUUAAAAAAAGAUCAACUUUUUAAAUUGUCUACUGAUAAAGCAUAUGCAGAAAAAGGCACUUCAAGUAUUGUUUAUGUAGAUUAUGAGAACAUUACUAAAGUGUUGAAGCCUAAUAGUCGCGUUUUUGUCGAUGAUGGUUUAAUUUCCCUUAAAGUUACUGCGAUCCAUCCUGAACUAGUUGUAACUGUUGUUGAAAAUGGUGGAAUGUUGGGUUCUCGUAAAGGUGUCAAUCUACCAGGUACUCCUGUAGAUUUACCUGCUGUUUCUGAAAAAGAUAAAUCUGAUUUAAUAUUCGGUGUUGAACAUGAAGUUGAUAUGAUUUUUGCCUCGUUUAUACGAGAUGCUCAUGCUUUGACAGAAAUUCGAACAAUUCUUGGUGAAAAAGGAAAAAAUAUUAAAAUAAUAUCUAAAAUUGAAAAUCAUCAGGGAGUGGUAAAUAUUGAUGAAAUUAUUGAUGCUUCUGAUGGUAUUAUGGUAGCACGUGGUGAUCUUGGUAUUGAAAUACCACCAGAGAAAGUAUUCUUAGCUCAAAAAUCUGCUAUUAGCAAAUGUAAUAAAGUUGGAAAACCAAUAAUUUGUGCUACGCAAAUGCUUGAAUCUAUGGUGAAAAAACCACGUGCAACCAGAGCUGAAUCAUCGGAUGUAGCUAAUGCUAUUCUUGAUGGUGCAGAUUGUGUUAUGUUAUCAGGAGAAACUGCCAAAGGAGAUUAUCCAUUGGAAUGUGUACUCACAAUGGCUAAUAUUUGUAAAGAAGCAGAAUCUGCAAUCUGGCAAACACAAUUAUUUCAUGAGCUUUCAAUGAAAGCAAUACCUCCAAUUGAUGCUACACAUGCUGUUGCAAUCGCUGUUGUAGAAGCAUCUGUGAAAUGUUUAGCUAGUGCUAUUAUAGUAAUUACAACUACCGGUCAUUCCGCAUAUUUAAUUUCUAAAUACAGACCACGUUGCCCAAUUAUUACAGUUACUAGACACCCACAAACUGCACGACAGUCACAUCUCUAUCGUGGGAUUUUGCCACUUCAUUUUCAAGAACCACGAUUAGCUGAUUGGGUAAAAGAUGUUGAUGUACGUGUUCAAUUUGGUAUGAAAUUUGGCAAAAAUCAAGGUUUCAUUAAACCUGGAGAUGCAGUUAUAGUAGUUACUGGAUGGAGAAAAGGCGCUGGAUUUACGAACUCACUUCGUAUCGUGACGGUCGAAUAAAUAUACACUGGAUUAUAAAGGAUUCAAAAUAUUUGAUAAAUUUAGAUUUUGGAAAUUCAAUAUAUAAUUAAUAUUGUAUAACAGUGUAUGAUAUACAUAGUAAAAUCAUUGAAAGCGUAACAAUUUAAAAAUAUAUCAGUAGCUACA